UCGUUACAGUCUUUGCAUGCUUAAUCUAAUCAUUUAAAUGUUGCAUUAGGUGGCUGGGGUUUGUUUUUCUUUGUGCUGUAUUCUUGUACGCAUUCCCCUGCUGUCACUCUCUCUGUCUCUCUCUCUCUGUCUGUGUUGACAGCCGCCGUGAGAUGUUGCAUUAAACCUUAGGUUUGUUUUUGUCUUUCAUCUCUACUAGCCUCAGGUUGCAUUCCAUCUGAGGGAUCCUAAUGCAACAGUAAUGCAACAAUUCCCUGUUGUCUUUAUGUCAAGCAGUUAGGCUCUACGGUCAAAUGUGUCCCUGCUGCAGGUGCCCUCGGGUGCACUGUGUCCCUGUUGGUCUGGAUCAGGAGGCAAGAAGCAGCUGAAUUAUCUGACGGCGGCACACUGUCAACAUUUCCAAAAGGAAAUGAAAUGCGCGCUUGCAUUAACCAAAGCGAUUGGCACAUGAUCAAAUUAGACUGCACAAAAAGCUCCUUGACGACGGGCAAAGGCUGUGUCACUUCAGUUAAACACCAAAUCAAGCCUUCCAAUGCACAAGCCAACAAAUAAGAAUCUCUAAAUCAUAUCUACAUGUACGUUUGAGCGUGUGCGUUUGGGAUAGAGUGUGUAUGUAUGUAUGUUCGUAUGCAAGAAUGGAGUGGUCUUUAGAGCGGAUGAGGGAAUGGGUGGCAGGUGGCAUGCAGUCGGUGCGAGAGUGUGAGUCCAGUGCUCUAGGCACUGCUCUUUGUCUCGCCCUUCUGUUUAUUUGGUACUGCUACCGUGUUGGAUGCGAACACUCCGCACCAUCGCUCCGCGGCGGUUUCAGCCCCAAGCCACAUGUCGGGGCGGUUCCUGGUGGAGUUCUCGCCUCGAACCUUUUGGCCCGCAGAGGCUCGUUGAAACUCCGUCAGGUCGGUGGGGCUGGAGGAAGUGGAGUCGGCGAGGAAGAACUUAACGGCUUCGCCUACUGCCAGUCGCCUGAGUGCUUCCGUUGUGCCAAACCCGGCGAGGGCCUGAACCAGCGGCUCUACCAUAGCCUGCAGGAGUACGCCAAGCGCUACACCUGGGCCGGCAUGGGCCGUGUACACAAGGGCGUACGUGAGCAAGGCCGAUAUCUGCUCUGCAACCGCCCAUCCAUCCAAAAACCUGAGGUCUUCUUCCUGCCGGACCUUCCCUCUGCUCCUUUCUUCUCACGGGAGGCACAGAAGCAUGAUGUGGAGCUCCUGGAGAGAAGUUUCCCGGCACUCCUGGCUGAAUUUGAGAGCAUCUACCGGCUGCCAACCAGUCGGACUGGCUCUUCGCUUCCACUGGGCUGGAAGGCCAACAGCACACCUCGUGGCCAGUGGUGGACCUUCUAUCUGGUGAACCAGGGUACUCCGAUGGUGCUGAACGCCAGGCGGUGUCCACGUGCGUGGAGGGUGCUCGGACAGCUCCGUACCUUUAUUGCGAAUAAUGUGUUUGGAAACGCCUGCUUCUCGGUGCUCAGUCCUGGAGCCACCAUCACUGAGCAUUACGGGCCAACCAACGUACGCCUGCGCUGCCACCUUGGUAAGAGGUCAACAGAUGUGGAUAUAUGUUCUCCAGAAGAUGGCCCGAGAGUGGUAUUCAUGGUGGACCUGUGGCAUCCAAACGUGGCCGCAGCCGAGAGACAGGCACUGGACUACAUCUUCACCCCUGGGCGCUGA